CUCCCCUCUCCGACUCUCUGUAUUGGACUGUAGAUGGGGGGGGUACCUGACGCUCAUUCCCUGGUUCACCCUCCCCAAAAAGACCACACACACACACACGUGUGUGCGCGUGUAUGUGUUUUAAAGCCUUUCUUACGUGGUUUGCUUAUGUAUGAUCAUCAUCAGAGCGCGCGCCUGCGAACACUGACACCGCAGCACUGACACCGCGACUCUGAGCGCCGACACCGCGGGAGGGCAGACAUGGCGGCCAACAUGUACCGGGUCGGAGACUAUGUUUUCUUCGAGAAUUCCUCCAGCAACCCAUAUCUGAUCAGACGGAUAGAAGAGCUCAACAAGACAGCCAGCGGGAACGUGGAGGCCAAAGUCGUGUGCUUCUACAGGCGCCGAGACAUCUCCCACAGCCUGAUCCAGCUGGCAGACAAACAUGCAAAGGACCUGGAGGAGGAGAGGGAAAGUCCCAGUGAACCCGAGCUCAGCGACAAGCAGAAGCAUCAGCUCCGCCACCGAGAGCUCUUUCUGUCGCGGCAGUACGAGUCGCUCCCGGCAACGCAUAUCAGGGGCAAGUGCACCGUGGCCCUCCUGAAUGAAACCGAGUCAGUCCUCUCCUACCUGGAAAAAGAGGAUACGUUCUUCUACUCGCUGGUGUACGACCCCACGCAGAAGACCCUACUUGCGGACAAAGGAGAGAUCCGGGUGGGUCCCCGUUUCCAGGCCGACAUCCCAGACAUGCUCCAGGAAGGCGAGUCCGAUGGCCGGGACCAGUCAAAGCUCGAAGUGAAGAUGUGGGACCCAGAAUGUCCACUGACCAACAAGCAAAUUGACCAGUUCCUGGUGGUUGCGCGUGCGGUUGGCACCUUUGCCCGAGCGCUGGACUGCAGCAGCUCUGUCAGGCAGCCCAGUCUUCACAUGAGUGCAGCAGCAGCCUCCCGAGACAUUACCCUGUUCCACGCCAUGGACACGCUUCACCGGCACGGGUACCACCUGUCCAGUGCCAUCGGCAUCCUCGUGCCACAGGGGGGACCUGUGCUCUGCCGUGACGAGAUGGAGGAGUGGAGCGCUUCGGAGGCGAGCCUCUUUGAGGAGGCGCUGGAGAAGUACGGCAAGGAUUUCAACGACAUCCGGCAAGACUUUCUGCCAUGGAAGUCAUUGACCAGCAUCAUAGAGUACUACUACAUGUGGAAGACCACGGACAGAUACGUGCAGCAGAAACGACUAAAAGCAGCAGAGGCGGAGAGCAAAUUGAAGCAAGUUUACAUCCCCACAUACAACAAGCCGAACCCUAACCAGAUCUCUGUGAGCAAUGGCAAGAUGGCCACUGUGAACGGGGCUGCCAGCCUGGCCGGGCACCAGACGGCGGGAGCAGGGCGGGCAUGCGAGAGCUGCUUCUCCAUGCAGUCCUCACAGUGGUACUCCUGGGGGCCACCCAACAUGCAGUGCAGGCUCUGCGUGUCCUGCUGGAUGUACUGGAAGAAGUACGGGGGUCUCAAGAUGCCUAGUCGAGCCGAAGGGGAGGAGAGGGAACCGCCAAGCCCCACCCCUAACGAUCUGCGGGCCAGGGCUCACGGCGCUCGUCAGUCUUCUCACCUGGCCCCCAUGCGGAACAGCGGCAGCCCCAGAUCCUCGGUGAAAACCAAGCAGGCCUUCCUGCUGCAGGCCACACGCCUCACCAAGCUGGCCCGUCACAUGUGCCGUGACAUCAUCAGACUGCGCCGGGCUGCGCGACGCCCCUUUGUGCCCAUUAACUGUGGCGCUGUAAAGGCGGAGUACAUGACCCGGGCCUCUGAAGGACUGGGAGGUCGACCAUCGCAGAUCCGGACCUCAACAAGGAGCACCUUGGCCAGCGUGCUGCAGUAUCUGGAGUCCCGCCCGGCUCCCAAUACAACCCGGAGCCCCCGCACGCCCGGCCUACAGGUCCCACCACCCCGACGCCUGCUCUCCUCCCUGCCCAGUCACGGUCCGCUCGGCAUGCUGGGAAAGCGGAGUUACCACCAUCACAGCAGGUUGGAGACAGGCGCAGAAAGACGAGCGAGCGCAGGACAAGAGAACUCAGGUCACAUGGUGGGAACCCUUUUGCACAAUGGGAGCAGCAACAGCAGCAGCGGCUCCCGGACUGGCGGGAACAUGUUCCGCAAGAGACGGCCUAACUGGAUCGAUGCCCCCGACGACAGCUUCUUCCUCGUCUCCCGGGAGAUCAGGAAGGCCCGGAAGCUUCUCUCCCGCUCCCAGCUGAGGCGAGCCUGCAGGCAGCCAUGUCAGCAGAUCGCACUGCGGAGGGCUUCCCAGGGGCCCCUCCAACAUCCUCCACACCUCAGCCUGAGGAACCGGGGACCGAUAGUUAUCCACGACUGACACCUUCCUGGCCCCAGUUUCCUGUGCGCCAGUGACAGAACUCGCGCGCGUACACUGCGGCCCCAUGACAUCACUGGCGUAGAAGGAAAUGAUGCAGCGAAGCUAUUAAAAACGAUGGUUUUUAAAAGUGGAGGACAGGCAUGGUGACCCCGAGGUAGCGAUGAAAAGCAUUGCACCUCCAGCAGAUAUAAACUCAGCCAUUUUUUUUUCUUUUACUGUAAAAAACACUCUCCUGGAGAGUGCAUCACUUCUUCAUUCACACACUAAGUGUAAAAACAGUAGAUGUUAAAUGGUUUUUUUAGAUAUGCUUUUUUCCAGGUCUUAUACUUUUAUUCAUGUUUUAUGUUGGAACCGGUGAGAGUAAACCAGUUGGGGGGGCUUUUGCUCUGGGGUUACUUGGGGUCUCUCACCUGUAGAUGUGUAAUUACUAGUUGUUCUGACAAUGAAAAGUAUCAGCAGGAUGAAUGCAAGACAUCAUGUGUCCACACCAUCCAUUGUCAGCCAUAUUACGGCCUUCUGGUCCAGCAUGUCUGUUUGGGGGGCCUUUUCACACACCAAGCUGUGCUUUGCACAUGCACACUACUCUCCGGUGUAAUCUCAUCUCCGUUCACCCCGCGCAAGUGUCAAUCAUUCUUCUCCGCAGGAACAGACGAGUCAAGGGUGGAAUCAAAAGUAAGCUAUUAGUCCACAUGGUUCUGGUCAGAAUGUCACAGCGGUGUGAACGCAGACUGAACACUGACUCCUUCCCGGGUGAGAACGUUGAAGAUAAAACCUGUUUUCUUGUUCCAGACUUGCUAGCACUGUGCUAACAAAUUCUCAGCGAUUACAUUCUGUUAUUAUUUACUCAUUGUACUGAUUUCUCCCCCCCUCCCCUUAAACAUUUUUG